AUGAGAUCAAACGCGAGGGAGAUGCAUCGUCAAUUACAAACACUUGGACAAGUCUAACUUUUUUUUUUCUUUUACAAAAACGCUUUCAAAAGCAACCUUAGCAACGCCCAAAUAAGAAGCCACCUCUAAGCAAAAUAGUAUAUGUAUAAAGGGAGGGCGAAUAUAUACAAGUAUAUAUAUGUAUAUUACAGACGCACAGGUUUACACCCGGUGAACUUUUUCUUUUUUCUUUUUUUUCUUUUUUUAAGAAAAACUAGUGACAUUGCAAAGAAGGACGCUUCCUCUCUAUCUUUUGGCGCAUUAGUGAAGGGGGUAUUCUGUUUCGUUAAAGCGCCCAAGGGGGCGCAGGGACCUUGGAGAGAAGAGUGGGGAGGAAAGAGGAAGGGUGGGUGGGGGGCAGAGGGCGAGUCGGCGGCGAGGGCAAGCGCUUUCUUGAGGCACGAUGCGGUCUCUGCUGGUGCUCACUUUCUCCCCGUGCGUCCUACUCGGCUGGGCGUUGCUGGCAGGCGGCACUGGUGGCGGUGGCGCUGGCGGCGGCGGCGGGGGCGCGGGCAUAGGCGGCGGACGCCGGGAGAGAGAGGCGCUGCCGCCGCAGAAGAUCGAGGUGCUGGUGUUACUGCCCCAGGAUGACUCGUACUUGUUUUCACUGACCCGAGUGCGGCCGGCCAUCGAGUACGCUCUGCGCAGCGUGGAGGGCAACGGGACCGGGAGGCGGCUUCUGCCGCCGGGCACUCGCUUCCAGGUGGCUUACGAGGACUCGGACUGUGGGAACCGUGCGCUCUUCAGCUUGGUAGACCGCGUGGCGGCGGCGCGGGGCACCAAGCCUGACCUUAUCCUGGGGCCAGUGUGCGAGUAUGCAGCAGCGCCAGUGGCCCGGCUUGCAUCGCAUUGGGACCUGCCCAUGCUGUCGGCCGGGGCGCUGGCCGCCGGCUUCCAGCACAAGGACUCUGAGUACUCUCACCUCACGCGCGUGGCGCCCGCCUACGCCAAGAUGGGCGAAAUGAUGCUCGCCCUGUUCCGCCACCACCACUGGAGCCGCGCUGCGCUGGUCUACAGCGACGACAAGCUGGAGCGGAACUGCUUCUUCACCCUCGAGGGGGUCCACGAGGUCUUCCAGGAGGAGGGUUUGCACACGUCCAUCUACAGUUUCGACGAGACCAAAGACUUGGAUCUGGAAGACAUCGUGCGCAAUAUCCAGGCCAGUGAGAGAGUGGUGAUCAUGUGUGCGAGCAGUGACACCGUCCGGAGCAUCAUGCUGGCGGCGCACAGGCAUGGCAUGACCAGUGGAGACUACGCCUUCUUCAACAUUGAACUCUUCAACAGCUCUUCCUAUGGAGAUGGCUCGUGGAAGAGAGGAGACAAACACGACUUUGAAGCUAAGCAAGCAUACUCGUCCCUCCAGACAGUCACCCUACUGAGGACAGUGAAACCUGAGUUUGAGAAGUUUUCCAUGGAGGUGAAAAGUUCUGUUGAGAAACAAGGGCUCAAUAUGGAGGAUUACGUUAACAUGUUUGUUGAAGGAUUCCACGAUGCCAUCCUCCUCUACGUCUUGGCUCUACAUGAAGUACUCAGAGCUGGUUACAGCAAAAAGGAUGGAGGGAAAAUUAUACAGCAGACUUGGAACAGAACAUUUGAAGGUAUCGCCGGGCAGGUGUCCAUAGAUGCCAAUGGAGACCGAUAUGGGGAUUUCUCUGUGAUUGCCAUGACUGAUGUGGAGGCGGGCACCCAGGAGGUUAUUGGUGAUUACUUUGGAAAAGAAGGUCGUUUUGAAAUGCGGCCGAAUGUCAAAUAUCCUUGGGGCCCUUUAAAACUGAGAAUAGAUGAAAACCGAAUUGUAGAGCACACAAACAGCUCUCCCUGCAAAUCAUCAGGUGGCCUAGAAGAAUCGGCGGUGACAGGAAUUGUUGUGGGGGCCUUACUAGGAGCUGGCUUGCUAAUGGCCUUCUACUUUUUCAGGAAGAAAUACAGAAUAACCAUUGAGAGGCGAAACCAGCAAGAAGAAAGUAACCUUGGAAAACAUCGGGAAUUACGGGAAGAUUCCAUCAGAUCCCAUUUUUCAGUGGCUUAAAAGAAGCCCCCCGCUUUUUUUUUUCUGCCUGAGAUUCUUUAAGGAGAUAGAUGGGAUGAAAGACAUCAAUGAAACAGAAGGGGCGUUCUUGAAGAAUUCAUUAUUUUAAGCAGUUAGUCAUUUCAUUUUAAAAUUUCUUUAGAAGCUCAGGAACUAUUGUUAAUCACCAUCUGCCUCCAGGCCUUUCAUCUCAUGACAAACAAAUGUAAUAAUGAUAUCAUGUCACUCUGUUAAAUGUUCAUACUGUUUCAAGGGCAUAUAAUUAGAUUUAUGUUUUUAAAAUCUGAUGUCUCCAUAUCUUGAUGGCUUUUGGCAGCAUUUCACACAAGGAUAUAAAAUGUGGUUUUCUUAAAUGAAAUGUUUUGUAGCUAGAAUAAAAUCAUUUUUACAAGUAGAACAUUCUUGGAAAGAAUUUAACAUCCAAUAAGGGGAAAAUGUAAUGAAAAAUCUCAAGGUUGGUAAUACAGCCUUACUCCCUCUAGAGCUAGAGGACAGGUUUGUGGUUGAGGACUUCUGUGUCCAACGUCUACAUUCAGGUUCUGACUUCAUAUCUUGAAAAAGGAUUUCCUCCCUUUUUCGGUGUCUCAUAAAUGCUACUCUGGAUUGUUGUAAAUAUUAGUGAGAUGGGAGGAUUUACAGAAGAAAAGCAAGUCUAAAAUGUUUCCUUUUUGAUGUAAAAAAGAGUCCCAUUUCACACUAACAUUUUAUUUUACAAGUAUUUUAAUCUUGGCAUUAGAAAAAUUUGUCUUUUUUUUUUUUUCAUUUUGAAGAUUAAAUGUUGCUUACAUUUUAAAAGCACAGGUGAAGUGUACAACAAACCAAUAAUGAUAAAAAAUGCUUCUCUUUUUCUCCCUGUUUCUCUCUUUCCCUUGGGCACAGCCAAAUGCUAAUUUCUGCUCUAAUUACAGAGAUGUGGAAGUGUGUUCAAAUUACAAACUCUACAGGAAUACAUCAAAAUUUUAACUCUUUUGCAUUUUACUGUUUAACUGUUUUAAAUGCAAGUUAUUUUAGGGUGACAAUCCUUCCAGUUCUGGCCAAAUGAGUUUCAAGAUCAAGAGUAAAAAGUUAUUAGAAUUAAACAGAGUUUUAUAAAGGGAGAUAGCCCUUUUCCCUCAAGAAAAACUUUGUUGAGAGUUACAACUUGACAGCAAGUACAGAAAUGACAAAUUUAAAACUUUUACAUGUGGCAUUUACCAAAAUUCCCAGUGAUGAUUUUGGUUAAAAGAGGGAACCUAAAUAUCUACUCUAUUCCCUUUCAGUUAACUCCGCAGAACUCUGUAGGCAUCCCUGAAUAACUGUAAUAGUGAGUUAGGUGUGGAGAUAGGGAAUUUGGACAAAGUAGAGUAAGUUUUUACUGGGUAUCUGCUUUGCACCCAGUAGUCUGCACAUGAGUUUAAACUCAGGUUACCACUUUCACUUAUACUUUUUGGAGAAGAUAGACAGUGAGGGAGGAAUGGGAAGCUGUCAUUCAGUGCACCAUCUUGGAAUUACAUAACGGGGGUCUUUCCUCAAUAACAUUUUGAGCAUCUGAAAAAUAGUUUAAAAAUUAUCUUAAUAUCUAUUGAAGGGCAUGUCUAGGGAGGAAACAGGAGAAUUUGAGCAGUCCCUUGGUGGUGAUGAAGGUGGUAGUUCACACAAGUAGCACUGCAGGCAAAGGUAAGCGCAAGCUGCCUGUCCCAGAUGCUGGCCCAUGUGUGCGUGCUUGCCUGGAGAAGUCUGCUUCUGUUGCUCCCACUUGAGUCACAGUUAACAGAUUAUUUAUGUGUGAGGCACAUUUCUCUUCUGUUGUUUAAAAAAUGGGAGCUGGGAGGCAGCUAAGAGGGCAUGAUAAAAGAAUUAAGUACAAUCAACGGAAACAACUAUGUUGUAGUUCUCCAUGCUG